AUGAAUGCCAGUUUAAGAUCAGAUAAAUCUUUUCGUACUAAAGAAGAUGAAUUUUAUCAUAAAGACUCUAGUCCAUUGGAAGAUUUACCAAUUGAUAUGACAAAAACAGUGGUUAUAGAAUAUAUGCAUAAUAUAUGUUUAGGGGUAACAAAAAGAUUGAUAACUUUUUGGACAAAGGGGAAAAAACCUGUUAGAUUUUUAAAGCCCGAAGAAGUUUCAGAAGAGUUAAAUAGCCUAAAACCUUUUAUGCCUUCGGAAUUUACACGGCUGCCUAGAUCUCUAGAAGAAGUUGAAUACUGGAAAGCAACAGAAUUUAGGGCUUUUGUUCUGUAUACUGGGCCAGUUGUUCUUAGAGGUCGAUUAAAAAAAUCUCUUUAUAACCAUUUCAUGCUCUUACAUUGUGCUACCAGACUUCUAAUAUGUCCUGAAACAUGUCAUACUCAUAAUUUUCUAGCUAAAACUUUAUUAAAUAAAUUUGUUCAUGACUUUUCUUAUUUAUACGGUGAAGAAUAUGUGGGUUAUAAUGUUCACAAUUUAAUUCAUGUACCUGACUUUGUUUUGAUCCAUGGUGCCUUAGAUGCAUUUAGUGCAUUUAAAUAUGAAAAUUAUUUACAAUUUAUUAAAAAAAGUUGUAAAAAUUCUAGGUAUCCCCUCCAAGAUACUUACAACCGUAUAAUAGAACAAGUAAAUAUUCAAACAAAAUGCAAUCCUUUAAAAUACCCAAUUCUGAAAAAUGAAAUUAAUUUUGGUGACUCUAUUAAUGAAAAUGAAUAUGAAAAAGUAAUUCUUAAAAAUUUUGUAGUAAGUUCAAAAAGUAUUCGGGACAAAUAUUUUAUUUUAAAAAAUAAUGACAUAGUUGAAGUCAACAAAAUUGUUAAACUUUUAACUGGGCAAAUACAUCUUAUUGUGACUCCAUUAAAUUAUUGCAUCAUGUAUCAAGAUCCCAUUUCAUCUUGUUUAAUUAAAUCAUUUUAUAUUGACAAUAAUAAUGAUAAUUGUUCUAAAUCAAUUGGCUUAGACUGUUUAAAAAGUAAAUGUUUAUAUAUACCAACUGGCAGCAAAUCUAUUGCUAUUGCUUUACUUCAUGAAGUAUAA